AUGCAGCGGUUCCUGCGUGUCAACUUUGUCAUGGAAGAACUCGAUAAGGCUGCCGUGCAAGUCCUCAAAUUACGACACGCAAGCUCCACCGUCUUCGACUUCGUGAUGGAUAUGUAUGCAAAAGAUAUUGAGAAUUCGAAUGAUGUCAAUACAAACGACGCCUCAGACCGAGCAGUGCUAUCUAAGGGCUUGCGAGAGAUUGUGGAUGCUGCCCGGGAGCAGCAGCGACUUGAGGCGAGCGACGCUGCCUCACUCCCAUUCCAAACUAUGAUCAAUAGGGACGACAGCACUAGUGGCGACCUUUGUGGGGACUGGCAGCACUUUCUGGAUCAAAGCACGACGGAGCUGAUUGAACACAGAGGCCGAAACUUUCGAAACUGGAUCAAACAACGCGAGGAAAACCCGCCCAGGCGGAACACCAACAUAUUCACAUGGAUCAAGUCGAAGAAUGGUCAGGAUUAUGCGGGCUAUGAGCAUUCAGACAGUGAGGAUGAUGGCUUUGAUCCUUUUGAAGGCUACGAGCACCUUUAUGUCAGUGAAGACCAGAACGUCUCACCAACCUCUCCAGACGGAAUCCCCCCCUCUGGUGCCUCUCCUGGUGCCUCCCCCACCUCUCCUGAACCUGAUGAAGUAGCAGUACCCAUGGAUGCUGAAACCAACCUCCUGGUUUCCCUCCGCCUUAUGUACGGAUUCAACCCAUCCCCUACUGCUCAAACACCCCACCCUCAAGCACCCAACCUCCGGAGUUGGUCAGAUGUCCUGGGUGUCAUCGGGACAAAAUCAGAACCUGAUGUCUCAGACCGAGACAAGGUUCUAAUUCGCGAGUUCAUUUCAUGCCUCAUCGACAGCUCUUCGGGAUUGCCAGCACCCUCCGACGACCUCAACGCAACAUCGGAUCAGCCUUUGGCAACAUCCUUUGCGCUCGACACUGUGGAACACAUCAGUGAGGACCUAUACGUGUUCAAGCUACCUCCUUCCCCCUCUUGCAAAUGGGUCAUCGGUGUUGAUCGCCCCACGACUGUUCUUUACAUCUGUCGACUGGUCGCCUCCGCUCCGAACACGCAUACGGUGCUGACAAUCGCCUACCACCUACUUGAGCACCACAUACCCUUCCGCACCCUCCUUCUGCAGGCCUCCUCGGAGCCCGAACAGCUCAAUCUCCCAUACGCAGACAACGCCAACCGUUUUAACAAGCACCAAUUCACGACAGCAGACUUCGACAGUGCUAUGCUCGAGUGCCGCGUGCUGCUGGGCCGCCUGCAAGGGCGAGCUGCAAUACUUCGCGGUGGCAUUGUAGGGAGGAUUGCAAGGGAAUUCGGUAGUAAGGAGUCUGGGUUGCAAGGACCGUCCAUCGAGGUCACAGUGCAUCAUUCGGGGUACUUUGUCCCGUCUAAACACGACGGGUAUUUCUACUGGGAUGACGACCUCACUGGUGAGGAGAUUGCAUGUUUGUGUGGGACAUACUGCCUCUAUACAGGGCGUGGCGAGCAGACAACAACGGUCUCGUGGUUCCCUCCUCCGGACGUUUGGGACAAGCAGGGUUAUGGCUGGCCAGGAUGGACAGAAACUAACGAGGAGUUUUUCCAGCAGUGGAUAGCAGACAUUCGCAAGGGCAAUGCCAAACCCCUGUCGCGUCAAAACUGGUGGCGCAAGGUUCAUAGCAUCAAGAACACGAGGUCGAUGCUUAAGAACAACAGGGAACGGGCAAAGGCAUACGUCGAGUUGAACAUUCAUGCUAUGUAG